GCGCCGGCGUUAGUUCUCCGGGUACCUCAGGCGCCUCAGCCUCAUUAGUCUCCUCAUCCUGCUUCACAGGCCCCGCGGCCUCCGGUCUCCUUGGCCCCCGUCCCCCGGUCUCCUCGGCCCCCGUCCCCCGCCUCCCGCCGCCCGGCCCCUCGCCGCCCUCCCUAGGCCGCCCCGCCGCCAUGGGCCUGCGCCCGCCGCGCCGCCGGGCCGAGGGCAGCUGAGGCGCGGCGCGAAGAUGGGCGAGGACAGAGCAGGGCCCGAGCGCCAGCCCCAGCAGCCCGGGCGCCCCGCGCGCGCCCGCCCGCGCCGCCGAGGGGAUGCCCGCGCCCGCCGCCGCGCCCUGAGCGCCUUUGUCUGCCGCCCGCGCCCUCCGCACCACUAGCCUCUCGGGAGCAUGGCGUCGGCCCCGCCGGCCUCGCCCCCGGGCUCGGAGCCGCCGGGGCCCGACCCGGAGCCGGGCGGGCCGGACGGGCCGGGGGCGGCGCAACUGGCGCCGGGCUCUGCGGAGCUACGCCUCGGAGCGCCCGUCGCCGGCCCCGACCCGGAGCCCCCGGGCCUGGAUGAGCCUGCGCCCGGAGCCGCUGCGGAUGGCGGGGCGCGCUGGAGCGCCGGGCCGGCCCCGGGGCUGGAGGGAGGCCCGCGGGACCCCGGGCCGCCCGCCCCGCAGCUGCGCUCCGGCCCGCGGGGGCAGCUUGCGAGCCCCGACGCCCCGAGCCCAGGGCCGCGCUCCGAGGCGCCGCUUCCAGAACUCGACCCGUUGUUCUCCUGGACUGAGGAGCCCGAGGAGUGUGGCCCCCCGAACUGCCCGGAGAGCGCGCCUUUCCGUUUGCAGGGGUCCAGCAGCAGCCACCGAGCGCGGGGCGAGGUCGACCUCUUCUCUCCCUUCCCCGCGCCCACGGCGGGCGAGCUGGCCCUGGAGGAAGGUCCCGGGUCCCCGCCGCAGCCCUCGGAUCUCAGCCAGACCCACCCCCUUCCGAGCGAGCCCGCGGGGAGUCAGGAGGACGGCCCCCGCCUCCGAGCCGUGUUCGAUGCCCUGGACGGGGAUGGGGACGGUUUCGUCCGCAUCGAGGACUUCGUCCAGUUUGCUACGGUCUACGGGGCAGAGCAGGUGAAGGACUUAACUAAGUACUUGGAUCCCAGUGGGCUCGGCGUGAUCAGCUUUGAAGACUUCUACCAAGGGAUCACAGCCAUCAGAAACGGAGAUCCCGAUGGCCAGCGCUAUGGUGGCGUCGCUUCUGCCCAAGAUGAGGAGCCCCUGGCCUGCCCGGAUGAGUUCGAUGACUUCGUUACCUACGAGGGCUCCAGGUGGUGGAGUUACGCGUCUGAGGUCACACGGCUUUUAAUAAAGGAGCCAAAGAUGGAACUGGGGCCUCCCGCAAGUGCGCCAGGCUCCUGGCAGCUCAGCCUAGCCCUUCACGCCUCUUCCAGUGAGGCUCAGGCCAACGAGGUGACGGACAGCGCGUACAUGGGCUCCGAGAGCACCUACAGUGAGUGUGAGACCUUCACGGACGAGGACACCAGCACCUUGGUGCACCCUGAGCUGCAACCUGAAGGGGACGCAGACAGUGCCGGCGGCUCGGCAGUGCCCUCCGAGUGCCUGGACGCCAUGGAGGAGCCCGACCAUGGUGCCUUGCUGCUGCUCCCAGGCAGGCCUCACCCCCAUGGCCAGUCUGUCAUCACGGUGAUCGGGGGCGAGGAGCACUUUGAGGACUACGGUGAAGGCAGUGAGGCGGAGCUGUCCCCAGAGACCCUAUGCAACGGGCAGCUGGGCUGCAGCGACCCCGCUUUCCUCACUCCCAGCACUGACCCUCUUGCCGCAAAGCUGCACAGCAUCCUCACUGAUGAGGCGUUUGAGUUUUACUGUAGCCAGUGCCACAAACAAAUCAACCGCCUUGAGGAUCUUUCUGCCCGCCUGAGUGAUCUUGAAAUGAAUAGUCCGACAAAGCGGCUGUCCAGCAAGAAGGUGGCAAGGUACCUGCACCAGUCAGGGGCCCUGACCAUGGAGGCCCUGGAGGACCCUUCCCCCGAGCUCGUGGAGGGCCCAGAGGAGGACAUUGCUGACAAGGUUGUCUUCCUGGAAAGGCGUGUGCUGGAGCUGGAAAAGGACACGGCAGCCACCGGUGAGCAACACAGCCGCCUGAGGCAGGAGAACCUGCAGCUGGUGCACAGAGCAAACGCACUGGAGGAGCAGCUGAAGGAGCAGGAGCUGAGAGCCUGCGAGAUGGUCCUGGAAGAGACCCGGCGGCAGAAGGAGCUCCUGUGCAAGAUGGAGAGGGAGAAGAGCAUUGAGAUCGAGAACCUGCAGGCCAGGCUACAGCAACUGGACGAGGAGAACAGUGAACUCCGGUCCUGCACGCCCUGUCUGAAGGCCAACAUUGAGCGCCUGGAGGAGGAGAAGCAGAAGCUGUUGGAUGAGAUAGAGUCGCUGACGCUGCGGCUCAGCGAAGAGCAGGAGAACAAGAGGAGGAUGGGGGACAGGCUGAGUCACGAGAGGCACCAGUUCCAGAGGGACAAGGAGGCCACCCAGGAGCUGAUUGAGGACCUCCGAAAGCAGCUGGAGCACCUGCAGCUCCUCAAGCUGGAGGCCGAGCAGCGGCGGGGCCGCAGCAGCAGCAUGGGCCUGCAGGAGUACCACAGCCGCGCCCGGGAGAGCGAGCUGGAGCAGGAGGUCCGCAGGCUGAAGCAGGACAACCGCAACCUGAAGGAGCAGAACGAGGAGCUCAACGGGCAGAUCAUUACCCUCAGCAUCCAGGGUGCCAAGAGCCUCUUCUCCACAGCCUUCUCCGAGUCCCUGGCUGCAGAGAUCAGCUCCGUCUCCCGAGAUGAGCUCAUGGAGGCGAUUCAGAAGCAGGAGGAGAUCAACUUCCGCCUGCAGGACUACAUCGACAGGAUCAUCGUGGCCAUCAUGGAGACCAACCCGUCCAUCCUGGAGGUCAAGUAGAGGCAGGAAGGUCCAGCCUGAGCUGGAUUCGGGACUCCGACACCCUGGAGUGGUCCCGUCAGACCAUGAGGAGCCAAGACCAGCAGGUCCCACAGCCGACAGUGCCCAGAGCAUGCAGGGAGCCCACGUGCAGCUGAGCUGGGGCCACCAAAGACCGGGGCUGCCAAAGGGGCAGAGGGUGGUGAAGAGGAGAGGGAGAAAAGGAAGUCCCAGGGCCCGAGGUCCACAGAGGGUGAGGGUUGUGGCAGGGCCGUCCAUCAGCGCUGACCUUCCAGGGGCCCAGAGCUUCCCAGCCCUGAGUCAACCUGGCCGUGAACGCCUACACUUCAGUUCAGCAGGAUGGGCUGGAGAGCCUCUCUGUGCAGAGGUAUGGCGUGAGCCCUGCUGUGGCCUCCUUGUGGUGGUCCCUCUUCCCACGUGCAGCCCUAUUGGGAAGAAAGGAAGAAAACAGGUCCCUCCAGGGGUGCUGCUGCCUAAACCCGCAUAAGUACCCUGGUGCCGUGUCACCCAUGCUGAGCCGCUCCUGAUGGCUGACGGGCUCCCGGACUCUCACCUCGGACAUGGUGGUGGGGGAAGGACAGGUGGGCAAGGCUGGUGCGUUCCCAGCUCUCCCUACGCUGCUCGGGCCAUUGCCCAGCCAGAUGUGGUCACCUCAGUCCAGCUCUGGGGCCUCCAGGCCACGUGGCUGUUCCCAUGGCCCAAUCCUCGCUGCAGUAAUCCUUGGGGGCUCUGACCGCCUAUGGGGGCCGGGCAGGAGCCACUGGGGCCCUCCACUCCGACAUCAGGACCUGAGAUUACAGCUGUGUGACGCGCUCUCCCUAGGCAGGGUGGAUGCUGCAAGCCCCUCUGGCUCCCAGGUGCUGCUUCUCCACAGGUGCGGCCUGACCUGGCCUCCUAAAGGCCACACCCUCCCCACGCACUUCCCAGGCCAGAGUCCAAACAUCGGGAACCCUGUUUUCUUCUGGGUGUGUCUCACUUAGAAAUCGUGGUUCUUCCCCGAGGGUGCAUGUCGCAGGAGGGAGAGGGCAGGGAAGGCUCACAGCAGAGCAGGAGGGGGCCUGUGCUUCUCGGGGUCUGCACCCCAGGCGCAGCGGUGUCAUCCUGCAGGACUGCUGGCCUGCCCCCAACCCCCAGCAUUCCCGGGUGGGCCGAGACCCUGUCACCAAGACUGGCCACCCACUGCGUGUGUGAGUGUGCGCAUGUGUGCGUGCGUGCACGUGUGUGGCCCCGCAUCCGCCGCCUUCCACACCAGGAUGUAAGAGGUCGCCUCCUAUUGUACAUUUGGGGAAAGCCUUGGGUGUAAAUCAGUGUAAACUUGGCGGAGAGAUUUUUCUAUCAUGUAGAGUAGGUAUUUUUUAUAGAUUGAAGGCUGAUCAAUUUUUUAAUACUUUCAAGAGAGAAAACUAUCUGUGUAUACACAUGAAAUAUAUAUAUAUAUAUAUAUAUAUGUAUAAUAUAUAAAGACUGGCACCCUGCCUCUCUGUGCCCAGGCCCAGCCCUGGUGACAUGGCACCACUCAGCAGUGCUGUCACUGUAAGCAUGGAUUCCCAGGAGACAGUGUGGGAAACGCUCCUGCUUUAAUUCCCCAAGAAACAGCUCUUCCUGCCUGGAUGCAGGAGGGCAGGGGCCACCACAGAUUAAAGCUGUUACUGCACACGCA